AUGUCCAAGAAGGGCAUGGGCAGCCGAGGUAAGGGGGACAGGGCCGAGGUCCUUGCCGCGCUGCAGGCCGCCAACGAGGAGCUGCGGGCCAAGCUCACGGACAUUCAGAUAGAGCUGCAGCAGGAGAAGAGCAAGGUCAGCCGGGUGGAGAGAGAGAAGAACCAGGAGCUGAGGCAGGUGCGCGAACACGAGCAGCACAAGAACGCCGUCCUGGUCACGGAGCUCAAGACCAAGCUGCACGAGGAGAAGAUGAAGGAGCUGCAGGCCGUGCGCGAGACGCUGCUGCGCCAGCACGAGGCCGAGCUGCUGCGCGUCAUCAAGAUCAAGGACAACGAGAACCAGCGGCUGCAGGCGCUGCUGCACGCCCUGCGGGACGGCGGCCCUGACAAGGCCAAGACCGGGCUGCUCUCGGAGGCCAAGGAGGAGGCCAAGAAGGGCUUCGAGGUGGAGAAGGUGAAAAUGCAGCAGGAGAUCUUGGAGCUCAAGGGGGCCAAGCGGCAGGUGGAGGAGGCGCUGACCAUGGUCAUGCAGGCGGACAAGAUCAAGGCCGCGGAGAUCCGGAGCGUGUACCACCUGCACCAGGAAGAGAUUUCCCGCAUCAAGAAGGAGUGCGAGCGAGAGAUCCGCAGGCUGAUGGAGGAGAUAAAAUUUAAGGACAGAGCAGUCUUCGUGCUGGAGAGAGAGUUAGGGGUUCAAGCCGGGCAUGCUCAGAGACUGCAGCUCCAAAAAGAGGCUCUAGAUGAGCAGCUGUCCCAGGUCAAAGAGGCUGAUCGGCACCUGGGCAGCCCCAGACGGGAACUUCCUUAUGCAAGCGGUGCAGGAGACGCCUCAGACCACUCAGGAAGCCCUGAACAGCAGUUGGAUGAAAAGGAUGCUCGGCGCUUCCAACUUAAAAUUGCAGAGCUGAGCGCCAUCAUUCGGAAACUCGAGGACCGGAACGCCUUGCUGUCGGAAGAGAGGAACGAGCUGCUAAAGCGUUUAAGAGAAGCUGAAAGUCAAUACAAGCCACUGCUGGAUAAAAACAAACGCCUCUCUCGGAAAAAUGAGAGUCUGUCUCACACGCUACGUCGAAUAGAAAACAAGUUAAAAUUCGUCACACAGGAGAACAUGGAAAUGAGACAGAGAGCCGGGAUCAUAAGGAGACCCAGUUCCUUAAACGACCUGGAUCAGAGUCAAGAUGAAAGAGAAAUUGACUUCUUGAAACUCCAAAUCGUGGAGCAGCAGAACCUCAUAGACGAGCUUUCCAAGACCCUGGAAACCGCUGGCUAUGUGAAGAGCGUGUUAGAGCGCGACAAGCUUCUGAGAUUCCGGAAGCAGAGGAAGAAGAUGGCCAAGCUCCCCAAGCCGGUUGUAGUGGAGACCUUCUUUGGAUACGAUGAAGAGGCUUCCCUGGAAUCUGAUGGCUCUUCCAUAUCCUAUCAAACCGACAGGACAGACCAAACCCCGUGCACCCCAGAAGAUGACCUGGAGGAGGGCAUGGCCAAGGAGGAGACGGAGCUGCGCUUCCGGCAGCUGACCAUGGAGUACCAGGCCCUGCAGCGCGCGUAUGCCCUGCUGCAGGAGCAGGUCGGAGGGACGCUGGACGCAGAGCGAGAAGUUAAGACCCGUGAGCAGCUCCAAGCAGAAGUGCAGAGAGCGCAGACGCAGAUAGAGGACCUAGAGAAGGCCCUGGCUGAGGAGGGGCAGGAUAUGAAGUGGAUCGAAGAGAAGCAAGCCCUAUAUCGGAGAAACCAAGAGCUUGUGGAGAAGAUUAAACAAAUGGAGACACAAGAAGCUCGGUUAAAACAUGACGUCCAGGAUGCGAGAGACCAGAACGAGCUGCUGGAAUUCCGGAUCCUGGAACUGGAGGAGAGGGAGAGGAAGUCACCUGCCAUCAACUUCCACCACACCCCCUUCGUGGACGGCAAGAGCCCCCUCCAAGCGUACUGUGAGGCGGAAGGCGUGACGGACAUCCAGGUCACAGAGCUGAUGAAGAAGCUGGACAUCUUGGGGGACAACGCCAAUCUGACCAAUGAAGAACAAGUGGUUGUCAUACAAGCCAGGACAGUCCUGACCUUGGCGGAAAAGUGGCUCCAGCAGAUCGAAGAGACAGAGUCAGCCCUGCAGCGGAAGAUGGUCGACCUGGAGAGUGAGAAGGAGCUGUUCAGUAAGCAGAAGGGCUACCUGGAUGAGGAGCUGGACUACAGGAAGCAGGCCUUGGACCAGGCUCACAAGCACAUCCUGGAGUUGGAGGCCAUGCUGUUCGACGCCCUGCAGCAGGAGGCAGGGGCUAAGGUGGCUGAGCUGCUGUCGGAGGAGGAGCGGGAGAAGCUCAAGGUGGCGGUGGAGCAGUGGAAGCGCCAGGUCAUGAGCGAGCUGCGUGAGCGGGACGCCCAGAUCCUGCGGGAGCGCAUGGAGCUCCUGCAGCUGGCACAACAGAGAAUUAAAGAGUUAGAAGAAAGAAUAGAGGCUCAGAAGAGGCAAAUAAAGGAACUGGAGGAAAAGUUUCUAUUUUUGUUCUUAUUUUUCUCCUUAGCUUUCAUUCUGUGGUCAUAGCUCGCCUGGGCACUUUUACAUG